AUGCACUACCCACCCACCCUCCGCGCCCGCCUCAGCACCAAACGCCGCGACAAACGCACCUUCUGCCAACGCCUAGCCCGCAUCCUCGCCCACUUCGACGCCCACCCCGAAGUAUGGCACAACACCCUCUACACCAAUAAAAAACCACCCCCCUACCUCCGCCUCCCCUCCGAGCUCCGCCAAUCAAUCCUCUCCCUCGUCAUCGACGACGACCAGAUCCUCCUAUGCCCGCGGCCCAACAGCGAUACGCGCGACCUGGCCGUUGUCGACAAGACGUUCGCAGGCGAUGUGAGGGGGGGGGUCGCGAGGGCGAGGUUGGGGGAGCAGAGUGGGCGUGAGCAUGAGCGUGAGCAGUAUGGUAUCGAUGAGGGCGGCGAGGGUGGCGAGGGCAGCGAAGAUGACUUUGUGGUGAAGCGGUGGGGUGGCUUCCACUGGAGAAGCGACGGGAAUGAAGAGUACAAUGACAGGUACUUCGAUGGUUGGAAUAAGCGGAGGCAAAACUUCGGCACGAAGGAGGAGCGCAAGACACGGAGGGAGGAGGCCGUGAAGGCUGAGAAGGACAAGAAAGAGGCAGUGAGGCAGGGUUUGGUAGAUCGUGCGAAGCGAGAGUGGGAGGAGAAGAACCCGGAGGAUGCAAGGCUGGCGGCUUUGCGAGCGAGCUAUUUGAAGAGGCGGCCGGUGGAGUAUUGA